AUCGGGAAGUGCGGACGCGAGGUCUUGGGUCUUCUUGAAUAUCGCUUAUUAGAUUUCCUGCCGUGUGCCCUGCGGUGUCGUCAGAGUCCAAACAUCGGAUCUGCCGUGGAGCGUGGAUCCCCCGGAUCGUUGCCGUCGCCGUUGUGCAAGUGCUUUGCCAGUCACGUACCGCCGUUGCAAUCAAUCCAAUAUAUAUACCCAUAUAACUAGCCAUAGAAGAGCCACCAAAAAAAAAUAUAAAAAAUAUAUAAAUAUUGUUACAAACAGUGUGCACCUUUGCCUGAUUGAUUAACACAUCACCUCCCCCACCCACACACAGGGAACAAGUAUCGGAAUUGGAAUUCGAAUUGGAAGUGGAACCGCUGCCAUUAUUGCAAUUGCAACUGCGCGGUGUGUGGAUCAUCAUUGCCGGAGAACGUUAAAAGUGCCGCGACUGCAUUGUUUUGACUUUGAUCGUGUGUGUCGUGGGUCGGUUUUCGGUCUUCGGUCUUCGGUCUUCACCCCGCCGCCCGAUCUUCUUCGCCUGAUCCCUCCCACUCCAAACCAGCGGAGCGCGUGCGUGUUGUAACUUUUGAUUAGCUCUGUGGCUGGAGUUGGAUUUGCUCUGGGAUUCCGAUUCGGAUCUUCCAGUGCGCUUGCGUUUGUCGUAACUUAUCGCCGCCCACAUCUCUGGCAGUUGCUCUUGCAUUCGCCGACUUCGACGCCGCCGUUGCGGCUCGUUCUUCUUCCUCAGCAAUGUGCGGCCAAUUUGUUGUAACGAAAUUAAUUAUAUAAUUUCCAAAAAAAAAAAACACCACCGAAAUCCCCGUUAAAAUCAAUUGAACAAAAGGCCGGAGAAAGAGAGGAGGAGGCCUUUGAAUAGACACGACACGCGGUGCUAAUGCGAAAAGAAACUCCCCGACAAUCGCCAAAAAAAUUGUAAAGAAAUAAAUUAUAAACAUACAAAAUGUCUAUAAAUAAUACAAGACAUUCGCCAUUCCGAUUUGGAUUCGGCUUCGGAUUCGCUUCGAGCUCCCUGCUGCUGCUGCUGAUCGCCGUCUGGUGCUGCUACCUCGGAGACUUUGGAACGGAGGCCCACGUGGCCCUCACCUAUCCACCUGCCCGCAAAUACGAUCUGGACUUUCUGGACAAUUCGCGAACGAAGGCGCCAUGUGGCAUGCCCAAAGGCUCCAUACGCACCACACUGCUCUCCGGCAUGCCGUUCAACGUCACCUGGCAUUUGGCCUAUCCACACAAGGGCGGCUUUCGGUUGCAACUAUUGGAUGCCCUUGAUCGGCCUGUUUUGGACCUCACGCCCCAUGUGAAUAAUUCCGAAUUUGUGCGAACAGAUGUCACAGCUCAGUCGUACCAGGUGAGCAUCAGCAGAGACUUUGAGUGCUUCAACUGCACCUUGCGGCUGCUCCGGCAGGCGGACGAGUGGUCCAAUAGCUAUCGCUUCUGGUCCUGCGCGGAUGUGGACAUCAAGAAGCGCAAGGACUUUAAGGAGACCUGCUCCGGCAACGGCAAGUACUUCACCUCGCGCUGCAAGUGCGACAAGAACUUCUAUGGCCCGCAGUGCCAGUACAAGGACGAGUGCACCGCAGACUCUGACUGCGGUGUCCAGGGCAAGUGUGUGGAUCUCGGGGGAACCUCGCUGCCCCGGCGGCAGUGCUACUGCAACUUUGGAUGGUUCGGAAUUGGAUGCAACAAGCGAUCGCCCUACAAGACCACCGAUCUCGAUCUCUCCUCAUACACUAAAAAGGAGCUCUCGCCGGACUAUCAUGUCUACUGGCGACUCCUCGAGGAGCAGAAGGAGAUCGAGGUGGUGCUCAAGGUCAACGGAACCUCGUGGGUGGGCUUGGGCUGGAGGCCGCGCGGUCUGACGCCGGAGUGCAAGAACUUCCCGUUGGUCAGGGACAUUGGAGACUUGACCACAACGGUGGAGCAGAGCUCGGCACCGGAACCUAAGAGCGAGCCGGAACCCAAGAGUGAACCGGAACCUAAGAGUGAACCGGAACCCAAGAGUGAACCGGAACCCAAGAGUGAACCGGAACCCAAGAGUGAACCGGAACCCAAGAGUGAACCGGAACCCAAGAGUGAACCGGAACCCAAGAGUGAACCGGAACCCAAGAGUGAACCGGAACCCAAGAGUGAACCGGAACCCAAGAGUGAACCGGAACCCAAGAGUGAACCGGAACCCAAGAGCGAACCGGAACCCAAGAGCGAACCGGAACCCAAGAGUGAACCGGAACCUAAGAGUGAGCCGGAGCCUAAGAGUGAACCAGAACCCAAGAGCGAGCCCGAGCCCAAGCGCUUAGCCGAGCUGAGGGCUGCACCAGAACCAAAGAGCGAACCGGAACCCAAGAGCGAACCGGAACCCAAGAGCGAACCGGAAGCUAAGAGCGAACCGGAACCCAAGAGCGAACCGGAACCUAAGAGUGAACCGGAACCCAAGAGCGAACCAGAACCCAAGAGCGAACCAGAACCCAAGAGCGAACCGGAACCUAAGAGCGAACCGGAACCCAAGAGCGAACCGGAAACCAAGAGUGAACCAGAACCCACGAGUGAACCGGAACCCACGAGCGAACCGGAGCCCACAAGUGAGCCCGAACCCAAGAGCGAGCCCGAACCCAAGAGCGAGCCCGAACCCAAAAGCGAGCCAGAGGCGCAGAGCACCAAGUCCAAGCGGGUAGCCGGAAACUUCGCCCAGGAGGGUGUUACUUCCGUCUCCCACAGCGUCUCCUACCGGGUCAGCACCAAGUCAGAUCGUCAGCGUCGUGAAGCGGGCGCAGAAUCCCCGAAAUACCGACUGAAUGCGUACACACCGCGCCAUGACUUCAACCCAAUGGACUGCACGGACAUCGUGAUCGGAGCAGCUCGCGGCUUGGCCAGCCGCGUGGGAGAUUACUACACCCGAGAUCGUUCUACACCGCGCAGCGAUGAGUUCUACGGCGGCAAAUCCAACCUGGCCUUGGGCACUGGCUUCGAGGAGAACGGUGUGACCACGAUCAUCUUCCGGAAGAAACUGGUGGCCAAUGAGCCCACCGAUCACACUCUGGACGAUGCCCUGACCCAUGUUAUCUGGGCCAAGGGCCAGGAGCCGGGCAGCUAUGUGCACGUCCCAGCCUCCGGACUGGAGACAGAGUCCUCAACUGUCAAGGAUUUCUAUCAGCCGGAUGAGCUGAAGUACCAUGGACACCAGAUGCAGCGCGGAGUUACCCAGAUUAACUUCUUUGAGAAAGAUAAGGCAUCCACGAGCACCGAUCGUAAUGAUCUGAGCACCAAUGUCCUGGAUAACGAUUGCUAUGGCCACUGGAAGUAUCCAUCGAACUGCUCUCCCCAGGAGCACACCUGCGAGUACUAUGCCAGCUGGGAGACGGUUGGCAAGGGCGAUGAGAUGCGUUGGCAUAUUGAGACUUCAAACACGGAGACAUGGACUGGCAUUGGCUUCAGCGAUGACCAGAGAAUGUCUCAGACGGACUCCAUCAUCGGUUGGGUGGACAAACGCAACGGCAGACCCUUCCUCAUGGACACCUGGGUGCUGGGCUAUGCUCCACCGAAGCUGGACGACCGCCAGGAUAUAUACAACGCUUCUGGACGCAUCGAAAAGGGCGUGACCAUUCUGGAGUUUAAUCGCAAAAGGGUUAGCAAUGAUGAGCAGGACUUGUCCUUCACGGACGAUCACUGCCUGUACCUGUUCUUCCCGGUUUUGGGAGGUGCCUUCAAUGUGGUGAACAAGAAGAUACGCAAGCAUGAGCAGGUGCCCAGCGUCUCCUCGCAACGUGUCUGCAUCAAGUCGUGUGGCAAAGAACUGGAGGCCGUGUUCGUGGGCACAAGCACCCCAGCUCCCAGCCGUCUUGUCUACGCAGUGGGCGUUAAGCUCAUGAACUUGGGUGAAUCCUAUGAGGCUCCCAAGCCUGGAACUGUGGAGUUUAACAAUCUGGCAGCCACCAUUUCGGACUCUUUCAAUGGCUUCUUAGGUUCUCUGGCUGGUUAUUACAAGACCGAGAUUUUGGGCUUCGAAAAAGAGGGCAGCACCCUGGUGGCCAAGGUUCAGGCCAUGUUCGAUAAGGGUGAUGUGGAGAAGAACCACAGCUUGGAUACCAAUGCGGUGGAGAAAACCGGUGAGGUAGCAGCCCAAAAGAACGCCGAUGCGAUUAGGUCAGCCCUGAAGGAUCAGAUUGCCACCGGUCGAGUGGGUUCACUUACAGUGGAUCCUCAGUAUCUGGACUUUGAGGCCUUGGAAUACAAGAGCUCUUCCGAGCCGAAUGCCAAGGAGACACUCCUCUCCUUCUUCGAUCUCUCCGAGACGCGACUAUAUAUAGUUCUAGGCCUGAUUGCCGCUCUGGUGCUUAUCGCUCUUAUCCAGGCCUUUUGCACCAUUUGGAAGACGUCGCGCAAGAGCAAGAAUACCAAGGAGAAACUUAUCCAAAACUCACCCUGGAAGGAGUUCGCCUCAAACACGAACUACGCCUUUGAUCCCUACGGCGAAACGGAGGAGAAGCACAUGACCAACAGUACGACGGCCAAGGAGAAGGCACGUCAUCGCCAUCAAUCCACCACGAGCAGCCAGCAGACCACGCUACCCAUGUCCCACUCGCCCACAAGCAAGUCCCAGAUGUAUUACGAAAGUCCCAAUGGCCAGGGCAAGGGCAGCGGGAACGGCAACGGCAACGGCAGUCGCUCCAACGGACGUUCCGCCCCCGUCACCCAGGAGAGCAGCGCGGGAGGAGCGCCCUACUCGCGCAGCUCGUAUGCGGAACGAGCUUACUCCCUGCCCCGGCAGGCGCAUCAUUACCAACAGAGCCCGGCCAGCAUGCAGCCAUCGGGCUAUUAUACCCACGACAGGCGGGCCGCCAGGCAGGGGAGCCGCGACAGGGAGCGUGAGCGCGAGCGGGAGGAGGAGCGUCGCCAUCGCCAGGAUCGUGAUCGCGACUCUGGCUACGAUCGGUCGCGAGAUGAUCCGCGCCAGAACGGUGGCUCCGACACGCCCGACUUUUACUUUAUGCCCUCGCAGCGCAAGUACUCCGGCGAGGUGGUGCGCGUCUACGUGGAUUACAACAAGGAUCCGAAGCACUAAGCCACACAAAACGCACGCAUCUGUUUAUUUAAAGAUCGUUUUAAGUUCUACCAUCUGUACUCCGUCCGUUCUUAGUCCGUCCGUUCCGAAUUUGACUUUAUUUCGGAUUUGGAAAGUAUUUAAACUAAUGUAUAACUAUGUUUUUUUCAUACUCUCGUAUAAUCACCAUACAUAUCUUGUAAGCCGUGUAUAUGUUUUACUCCAAAAUGUAUUUUUUUUUGUUGAUCCCCGCCUCUGUGCACUUCCCCAUCACCCGUGCUCUCUCUCAAUCUCUCCCUUAGUUUCGAUUUUGCCAUAAAGCAGCUCGGGAAUGCAGUGGCGAUGGCCUUCCCGUUGGCUUUUCCAGGUGCGCCAGCUUUACACCACAAAAACGCACAACAACAACGCAUGAUUCUACAACUUAGUGAAUUGUAAAUAUUUUGCAUAGACUAAAAAAAAAACAAAAUAAAUCAGCAACACAAAUCACAACUGCAACUGCAAUUAGGUACGUGCAUUCAAAAUGUUUUCGCAUUGUCUUACUUUAAAUGUGCAAAGAAACAUAGUCACUGUAUUUAAUCAAAUUAAAUAUUCGCAUUAAGUACGAUUAAAUAAAGUUAAGGACAUUAAAUACGCUAAA